AUGAUCGACGAACUCAUCCGCCACUGCAUCGAGGAGAUUGGCUUCGACGGAGAGGCCGGCACUGGCCUUGACCGCCUGCAGCACUUCAUCCACGACUUCCAUCAGGCUCAGUCUGAGCGCGAACGCCUCCCGCCCCAGCAGGUCGACGAGUCCUAUCGAGCUUUUGUCUUUCGCGCCCUCCUUUCCCACCCGGACGUCCACGUAGGCACCCAUGCUGCUGGCGCUGCGUCCCCGGGAGGCGCCGCCAAGAAGCCCGUCGCCAGCAAGGCCGAGCGCGCCGGCAGAGGCAUCAAGAAGCAGAUCCCAGCCAGCUCCGCGGCUCAGAGCGAUCGGGUCGAGCUGAUCCCCGACGAGGAGGCACGCAGCACGUCGAUUCCGGAUCUGCAGCAGAGGCACGGCGACGACCUUCGCCUCGUCCUGUCGGCCGAUGUCGUACGCAAGAUGCUUGCAGGUUCGGCGGAAAAGAUACUUACGCCGUCCAACUACCGAUUCCUCCAGCUCGUCUGCCGCUCUCGAGAGGCUGCGGUGGUCAGCACCGACCUCGGCGCCGAGCUCGGAAUCGACCAAAAGACAGUCUUCUACAUCGCCAAGAAGCUGAUUGAAGCCGGCCUGAUCGUCAAGCUCAAGGCCCGGCAGACGGGCACUACCGCCAGCUAUUUUGUCGCCACCAAGUUCCGCGACCAGUGCCCGCUCUGGCUCUGCCAGCAGGACGACAACAUCCAUGGCGCCUCGACCUCCAUCGCCAGCGCCACAACACGACCUCCCUCGAAGCGGAUCAAGGUCGAGGCAGAGAACCAGUCAAAAGCCAUCGCCGAUCACUUUCUCGGCGUUGACGGCGAGGACGAUGCGGAUGGCGAUGCAGACGACGACGAUGAUGCUGCCGUGGCUGGCAACGUCGAUGGUCCGACCCUGGCUCUGGAUGGCCCAGAGCCCGCUGCGGGCUCCAAGCUCUUCGAGACACUCGAUGCUGAUACCACCAUGGUCUGGCUGACCAGCCGCCCCGACCUGGUCCGCCGGCGCCUCUAUGCGUUCAUGGGCCUCACCUCUGCCAAGGUGGCCCUCCGCAGCCUGCUGCAGCUACGACUCGGCCUAGCAAACAGUCCAAAGCGCGUCCGACGAGCCUUCCAGGCCUUCCUCGAGAGGCUGGUGCUCGACGGCCUGGUUGAGGUCGUCGGCCUGUCGGCCAGCGAGCCGGUCGACGGCGGCCAGUCGCAGUCGCGGUCGCUCAGGCGCGGCUUCAGGCUGACGACCAAGGGCGAGCUCGACAUGGAGGCGCUGGCCGCCAGCGACACCCUCCUCGACGCUCGGUAUGCGGAACGCGAGCAGCGCCAGAAGUCUGACAAGGGUCUGCUCGAACGCGAGCUGCGCAUGCAAGACAUCCGCGUUGCUCGGGAGCUCACGUUCGAGCGUCAGGCUCAUGAGCUGGUCGCCAGGGCCGGCGCGAGCGGCAUCACGUUGCGGCAGAUGCAGAACGCCUUCAACGUGUCCGGGCUGAUCAAGAGGACGCUCGAGAUGCUCGUGCUGCGCUCGGAAGAGGCGAACAAAGACGCCUCGGUCGCAGACAUGCGCAUCCGCCAGUUCCAUGAAUUCCUCGGCCGGGAGCGACGGCUGCGACUGUAUAGCCAGCACGCGUGGACGCUCCAGUCUGCGAGCGAUGGCUACAUGGCCGACGAGGAUGCCGCGAUCCUGGCGUCCGCUGGCGGGUUCCCCGACAUCGAAGACGGCGCCUUCUACACCGACGGCGACGACGCGAUCGCCAAGACUCGCGGGAUCGUUUCUGAGGCGUUUGUCGACAAUGGCAGAGGGGGUUCUGCGUCGAUGAAGGGCGGCGACGGCGGCGACGAGGACGGGAACGGAGGUCUCGAAUCGACGCUGAGGAAGAAGCCGACGGGCAGGCCCAAGGGAAGGCUCAACAACAAGACGAUCGAAAGGAUGAAGAGGGCGGAAGCGCUGGCCAAGAGCAGAGCCUCUGGAUCGGCCGAGACGACACCCAGCGGAGACUCGGAGUCGGCUGCGACCGCUGCGACCGCAGACGGCGGCUUCGUGGCGAUGCAAGAGCCCUCGACGCCGGCUGAGAGUGCCGCCAAACGGCGCAAGCUCCAAAGCAUCGUCGCCGAAACGCAGCCCCAGGCAAUCGACGCACCUCCUCCCGUCAUGCGCGAGGCGAGCGCCGCGGCGACGGUCGACGACCUCGACGCCACCGGCGGUGAUGCAUCCAGUACGACGACACAGGCUGGCGUUGCGCAGACCGGAAUCGCCUCCCCGCCUGCCGCGGCGCCGCCUUCGCCCUCCUCGACGCCCGUUCCGGCAACGACGCCGUCCAAGCCGUCGAACGGAGCGCCUUACACACCGCAAGUCGGCGCGGCGGCCAAGCAGGAGCGGAUGACUUCGGAGAAGAAGCCAAAAUCGAGCGUCACAGAGCUGCGGAGCGCCAUCGCCCUCGUCGAGUGCAUCGAAGAGCUGGGCGGCGCUCUCGAUACGCUUCUGGUGCCGCAGGCGCUCGACGCCUUUGUCGAGAGGAAUCGCGACCGCUACAGCUCGCAGGUGCUCAAUCUGCGCGAGAAGCGAAAGCGUGACAAGGCCAUCGCAAAGGCGGUCGACAAAGGAACGCUGAAGAAGACAUUCGUCAAGGUGCGCAAGCCGGGCGAUCACGCUCAGCGGACCAUCGUCUACGUGCCGAGCAUCGAUCCGGCUCGCCUGCAAAGGUACUGCGACGCCGUGGUGAACGGCGAAGAGGGCUGGUCGCGCGCCACAGACACCGUCUCGAUCCUCCAUCUGCGCUCAGGACAAGUGCAUCUGCCAGCCGAGGACAUCACGAGCCUGUCGAUCCGACGACCCUGGCAAGACAGCACCACGCUCGACGUGAGCAGCUUCGAGGCCGACCCGCACCUCGCCGAGCGGAUGCGUGCGCCCUUCCUGGCCCAGGACAUGCCGGUCAAGCAGUUCCUCGGCCAUGCUUCAGGUCCCGUCGCCCGCCUCGUGCUCUUCCACCUGUCCGGCAUCGACGCCAUCAACGCCAACGUGUCGUCCAAGGUGCAGCGAGAUCCGCGGCCCAGCAUCGAUAUCUCGUACUUCUGGACCGAGGCUUCGCUGGAGCUCUUCCUAGCUCUCUGCGGACUGCGCUAUUACAGCCCCAGCCUCGAAGCAGCCUACCAGGACCCAGCGACGAGGUACCAGGCCGUCUGUGAGCUGCCGUCGGACGUAAAGGAGGCCAUCGGUCUGCCCAGCGCCCUGGAUGCGGCUCCUCCGCCCGAGAUCCAGACGGCCAUCUACAGCUUGGCCGCCCAGCUCCAGUCGAUGGGAGUCCUCGAGGCAGUCCCGGAUGCAGACACGGACGACUCGGCCCGCACCCUCACUCUGCCCUGCACCCGCUUCGAGCUCAGGGACCGCGUGCCCAUCUACAACUGGAAGGCGAAAGGCAGCACGAAGCCAGUGCUUUCGGUCGCCAGUGUCGGCGCAUCGAUCGAUCGUGCGCGAGCCUUUUGGCAGAACACCGCACUGAUCUGCAGCAAGAGGAUCCGCGCCACGUCCAGUGCAGCACAGCCCGAGUCGGGCUUCCAAGCGGCCAACGUCUCCCGAGGCGUCCAGCCAGACCUGCUCAAGACCAAGGCCUGGCGCAUGGGCCACACGAUCAGGCCCGUGCAGAGAAGGUUCCUGCUGCGCUUCCUCCGGGCGGGGGAGCCGCUGCCAUCCGACAAGGCCGUCCAGCUGGCCUCUUGGAUCAGCCUCGUGCCCGCCGACGCCGUCAAGCGCUUCUGGACCUUGGCGCUCGCCGACCUCGGCGGAAGAGGCGGCGAGGUUGCGGCUCGAAAGCGCCACAUGGGCUGGUCCCUCGACAUCCAAGGUCUGCAGAUCGCAGACAUCGAGGCGCGGGAGAUGAGGCGCCUCCGGGACCGGGACCGCGAGGGCCGCAAAACGACGCUGCGGAAGGCGAGAGAGCUGCGGGACAAGAGGGUGAGGAGCUUUGAGCAGUGGCUGACCGACGCGUUCCAGUCGAUGCCGGCUGCAGAGGCGUACCGGAACAGGAUCGAGUGGGCCCUCCGACAAAUUCGGAAGCGGUACAUCGAGUCUCACCCCGGUUUCGACGCCGGAGACGCCCGCCGCGCGAUCGAGAGAGGUGUCGCCAUCGCCAGCGGGGUGGGCGUUAGGCUGUCCAGCAUCCGGCGUCCGCCAGCAGACAACGACGGCGACGACGCCCAGGUGGAGGACGAAGGUGCUGCUGGUGGUUCUCAGGGCGGCGUUCCCAGGCCUCGCAGGCCUCGCAACCCGGCAAAGGCGAGGCGGCGAAAGAAGGGUGCCGAGGGUCGCAAGGAGCAGACGUCGCGCAGAAGCACCACCUCGGCCAAUUACUGGACCCCGCAGAGGAACGAGCUGCUGCGUGACGCCGCCGUCAUCCUGCAAGCUCGCGAUCGCGCCCGAGGCCGCAGCGACUGGAGCGCCCUGGCCCAGAUCUGGGACGAGGAAGAUCGGUCCAAGAACCAGAACUUCGUCUCUCGACAGUGGAAGCUGCAGCUCGGGCGGAUGCGCGGCGAGUUUGGCGAGGAAGGCUACCUGAGCGCCCUGGAGCGUCAGUGGACUGCCGUCAGCCGUGAGGCUCGAUCCAAGGGCGAGCUGGCCGACCCGGCCUUCCCUUCCGCCACCGACUUCGACCUGAAGCAGCACAUCGAGUUCCUGCGGGCUAGGAUCGACAAAGACGCCAUCUUUGCAUCGCUCGAGAAGCCCUCGCAGAUCAACCCGCUGCCCCUCGACCUCGCCAAGCACGACUUCACCCAGGGCUGGAAGGACGAGUUCCGCUACGUGCCGCCCGAGACCAAGUGGGAAGACUUUCACAACCAGGAGAGCGGUCACAACCAUCGCCGCCAAGGCAUGCUGCUCGGCAAUGCGCUCGUGCUGGAGCCGACUUCGAACGACGUCCCCGCGCGGCAGAGGCCGACGGAGCCAGUGGCAGCGGAAGGCGCCGAAGCUCAGCUGCGAGCGCAGAUGGCCGAGGCCGCCGUCAGGAUCGUGAUCCUCUCGGACGACCGCCGCUGCUCGGCCACGGACAAGGCCGAGUUCUGCCGGCGGUUCGGCGAGGACGAGAUCGAGGCGGCCGUCGUCAGGCUGCUCGAGACCAGGGUCAUCCGACCCACCACGGCCGAAGUCACGCAGAGGAGGCAACCAGGCACCAACUUUGCCCUGACCGACGACUUCUUUGUGCAACCCCAAGACCACCGCCUGCACCGCUCCGACGAGAUCGGUCUGCGACACACUCUGGCUCGGCUCGAUGGCAAGCUGGAGCAGUCGAUGUCGGCGCCGCUGUUCGUGGAGCCGGUCGAGACAGACGGCGAAGCGGCCUGCCUGGGCACGAUGCUGAGCAACAAUCUGAUGACGGCCGACAUCGACGUGGCGCCCUUCGCCGACCUGCGCGGACACCACGCCUUCAACGCGCGCGUGCUCAACGACGACGAGAUCGAGACGGUGCUCUCGAUUAGCAUCACUGCCGCAGGCCUCGAGCAGGGCAGGAGCGCGACCGUCAAGAUGCCGUCGCCACCUGCGGCAACGAACGGCAGGAUCGCGAACGACGAACUGGCGGAGGCCGAAUCGUGGCUGGAGGUGUUUACCAUCGCGGCAGAUGAGGACCUCGAGGCCUUGCAGGAGGUCAAGCACCUGCUGGAUGCAGCGGGACCCGAAGGCGUCGAGCUGGGCAAAUGCCUCGCCAUCCUCCGACCGGCCUGCCUCGCCUGGCUCCUAAAUCGGGGUCGCGCUCCCGCCUUUGUCGCUGGCCACUCGCACGUCCGACUGGUGUCGGCUCAGCACAUCCGCCUCUACACUUUGCCCAGGCUCACCACUGGCAGCACCAGUAACGACAACAGCGGCGACGAGUCGCUCCGGCAGCCGGCGCGACUCUGGCUCGACAUCCACGGCAACGUCCUCGAGGACAAGUGGCGUCGACUGGUUGAGCUGCUGGCACAGGCGUGCGUACAGCGGCCGGGCAUCUCGCUCGACACGCUGUGCGCCAAGUUCAGGUCGAGCUGCACCGCCGUCGAGGUGUUUGAGGCCGUCCAGGCGCUCGAGAACACGCAGCGCUUCGAGACGAGGUGGGUGCACGUCGACGAGGUCGGGGUCGCUGUGGCGUCAGUCCACCCGCGUGGCGGCAUCUGGGCGGGCUUCGAGGACGACGACGACGAGGCAAACUAG